UCUAACAAGAAACUAAGAGAUACAGAGGAGAGAAGAGAAAGGAAAGACGACAUCAUAAGAUAGCAUAGCAUGGCAAAAUCAUCAUAUCUCGCCUAUUUAUUUGUGGCGAUCCUUCUUUUCUCAGGUUUGUGUUGCUCGUUCUUACAUAUAUAGGAGGAGCGUUGCUCAGAUUCUAUUGAUCGCUCAUAUAGAAGGAUCAUCUUUUCCAUCUCUUCACAUUCUCAAUUUACUGGUACGGGUUUGAAUCUUCACAAAAUCAUUUAAAUUUUCUCUUUCAUUUCUAGGUUCCUUAGUUGUGUUUUAUUUUGCCUUCUUAAAAGUUAGGUACCAUUCAUUUUCCUUUUUUUCCCCCUUCCUUGUAGGUUAGGUACCAUUUUAUUUUACUCUUCAAUUCAUUUUCAAAUAAUAAGUUAAAAAAAAAAUACAAAAUCACACACAGCUUGAAUAGUCAAAAGCAUUUCUCUUUGAUUUUAAUCUUUCAAAAAUUUAUAUUUUACUUUCAUUUCAGGUAGUUGCCAAUGUUGAGAUUUAAUUUUCAGAAAACUAAAUUCACAUCCGUUCUUCUAAAUUUGACAAGUUCGACUUUAGAUAUUCUUAAAAAGUGAUGUUUCUUCUCCUAACUUGUAAAAAAGUAAAGACUACAACACUCACACACAUUGUUUAAUUUUUUUUAUGAUAUUUUGUCAAUUAAUUUUGCAAAUCAACUCAUAUUUAAACUCUUGAUUUUCUCUCCCGCAAUGCAUUUAUCCAAUCAAUCAAAAUUUUCAAACAAUUUCAUUAAUUCCACCCAUCAGUUCACAUUGUAUAAUUGGUAUAGAAUCACAAUUUUUACUCAAUCAUUUAGAUAUUAAUUUUUUUAUCAUAAAAAUAAAAUUGUUCCGUUUUUUUGUUUUUAUCACAAGCUGUAGCGUACGUAUAAACGGUUCCUAGUUAUCGUGCUAAUGACAAAUUAUAUCUUUAUACCCGUUAUCAUAAAAUCAUUUUCGGCUCCACUCUUGAAAUCUUGGGUAUGACACUUUCCCUAUUCAAACACGAAACUCAUAAAAAGCGUGAAAGUCCAUUGGAUUCAGUAACCUCCUCUACUUGUUUUUGGGUUCCUUUUGAAUUGAAACAUGAUGAUUUGAUUUAGAACCCUCCUUCAUUAGUUGCAUUUUGUUAUUAAUUUGUUUGUGCUGUAUUUCCCCCCCAAGGUGCAGCUUUAAUGCCGGUUGGGAAAGGGGAAGCACCUCCACCUCCAAAACCCUGCGGUGAACAGUUGUAUCCUGCAAAUUGCGUACCAAAUGAUUGUGACCAGAAAUGCAAAGCAAUCAACAUCGGGCAGGUUGGGGUAUGCAUCCCAAUCCCCCGCUCCUAUGCUUGUUGGUGCCUUCACCAAUGCAAACAUUAAUUAUUAGUUAAUUAAAAAAAUAAUAUUUGUCAUUAAAUAAAUUAUUGUUACUCUGUGAUACUCCACAAAGCUAUAUCCUUAAAUCUGUAAUAGUUUAUGGUACGCAAUAGAGGCAUUUGGUCUUUUGGUUUAAUUCAUGAUUUUGCUUGCUUUGCUUACUUACUCACUCCCCUAAAACCUAAAACUACCAAGUACCAACUCGGUUAAUUCUGUUUGAGCUCGUGGUUGCGAGAGGGAGAAAACAUUUUGAUCAUGUUUGUGGGAGAGAGAAAAAAAACUGGUUGCGAGAGGGAGAAAACAUUUUGAUCAUGUUUGUGGGAGAGAGAAAAAAAACGUGUAUUUAUAGUUAGGGGUGAAAACGUAGGCGGUUAAUUAGUGGUUUGGUAUAUUGAAAGUUUGUCCUCAAUGAACCUUUUUUCCUUUUUCUCCAAAGGAAAUCUCCUUUAGGAAUAUUGUUUCGAAGACAGGAAUUAAAAGGAAAUAAAAAUCUAUAGUUUUUUUUAGAAUAAAAUCUGCAGUAUUUAAACCAAAGGCAUGCUUGGAAACAAAUUUUCAUUUACCUUAACUUGAGAGUUGUUGUAUCCAAAAUCAUGAGCAUAUUGGAUAGUCUUUGUAAAUAUAUAAACCUUAAAAUGAGUUUUAUAUCCACAUAAAUUGGAUUUGAGCAUUUUCCAAUUAUAAAUAAGAAAAUAGAGAGCAGAAUGACCAAGUUUUUUCUAACAUUUUGGUUUAUAUUCGUCCUUCUUCUUUCAGGUGGAAGAAUAAUGUCAAUUAAGAAAGCGGGAGCAGACAAAACUUGUGCCGACCUAUUGUACGGUUCAGGAUGCACGCCGGACGAUUGCUACCAGAAAUGUGUGGACCACGGCGGCAUCGGCCAUAUCGGAGUAUGCCUGCCAAAGAAAGAUUCCGACGACAGUUAUUGUCUAUGCCUUUACAGUUGUUGAUUUUCAUUUUAAUGGGGCGAUUAUUAUUACUAGUUAAUUAGCUCGUGUUUCACCACGAGUUCUGAUACUCGUAGAUUCAAUAAAUAAUAUAGUACAUUGUGACAUCCUCAUCCAAUAAUAUAUUGUAGAGUUUUGU